AUGUCGGCAGAUACAGAAGAAAUAGCCCACGCCAUUGCUGGCGCUGGUGGCGGUGCCUUGUCGAUGAUAGUCACAUACCCAUUGGUGACGCUAUCCACGCUAGCUCAAACCCAGGCCAAGAAGAAGGAAGAAAAAUUGAAACAGUCACCUGAGUUGGCAAAGAAGCUUCAAGAUGCCAAUUGCCAACAACGUCUCCUUUACGCGAUAAAGAACAGUAGCUCCGUGCUCGCUGCAAAGGAAAUCAUCAGUGAAAAGGGGGUGUUGGGAUUGUACUCGGGCUUGGAGAGUGCGUUGUACGGGAUCAUGUUGACCAACUUCAUCUACUACUACUUUUACGAGUUGGUGUCCAACUUGUUUUUGAAAGCCAACCGCACCGCUGGAAGGAAAAGAGCCGGGUUGUCGACGUUGCAAUCUAUCAUAACUGGUGCCAUUGCCGGUGCUGUUACCUGUGUUGGUUCCAACCCAUUCUGGGUCGCAAACACGAGAAUGAUGACGGAAAAGAAGAAAAAAGGUGAAGGCAAAGUCUCAAACUCGACAUUUAAACAGAUUAUCGAGAUUAUCGAAAACGAUGGUGUUGGGACUUUAUUCGCUGGUGUCUUACCUGCUUUGGUCUUGGUGAUAAAUCCAAUUAUCCAGUACACCAUUUUUGAGCAGAUCAAGAAUGUCAUUAUCGCUAACGGUGGUGUCAAGUCAUUCACUGCGGUCAAGGCAUUCUUCAUCGGUGCAUUUGGUAAGUUGAUUGCCACCUCGUUGACGUACCCUUACAUUACCUUAAAGUCGAGAAUGCACAUAAGAAAGAAGGUGUUGGAGGCGGAUGAAAAGGGUGAAAAAGUAUCGGAGUUGUCCAUGUAUCAAGAAAUCAAGAAGAUUAUCCACGAAGAAGGCUUGGAAGGUUUGUACGGUGGAUUGGCUGUCAAGUUGAGUCAAAGUAUCUUGACUGCUGCCUUUUUGUUUUACUUUAAGGAGGAGUUGUUAACCGGAAGUAUCAAGUUGGUGGAAGUAUUCAAAUUGUUGAGUUUCAAGAAGAACUUGAAAGCGUAA